AUGAAGAAAGACAUCAGAUCUCACAUCAAGGAACUGUUUCAUGGAUCUGAGUCUCUUCGUGUCAUCAAUCUACAAGGCAUUGAGAUUGGUGAGACUUUGACAAGUGCAAUUGGCAAUGUUGUGCACUUGCAGUACCUUGGCAUCACAUCAUGUUCACUGAAACAUAUCCCACGGUCCAUCAGAAGACUCACUAGCCUCCAAACAUUGGAUGUGAGGGAAACUAAUGUCCGAGAGCUCACAAGGUCCUUUUGGAUGAUUAAGACCCUGAGACUUGUCCUUGGUUUUGUCCUCAGACUGCCCGAGCAAAUUGGCAACUUGAAGCAGCUGCGUACACUUGACUCCAUAGAUCUUGAAGAAGUUUCGGAGGAGCUGACUUUGGAAAGGACACUAGGAGAGAUGAUCCAUCUUGAGUUCUUGUCAAUCUGGCAUAUCUCACAUGUCAAUGUGAAAGCUCUUUCUGGUGCUCUAGAGAAACUUGAGAGCCUUAGGACCCUGAUCUUAGAAGGUAAAAUUAUUCCUUCAAAUGUCUUCACCACCGCUUCCCGACGUGUCAAGUUUAUGUUCCUAUGUGGGGAUCUGGUACAUUCAUCUGAUCUAGAUGGUAGUGAAUCCUUUUGUUUUCCUAAUCUCAUCAUGCUUUCUCUGGAGAAAACAUAUGUGACUGAGGAAUUCAUUAGCAAGCUGUCUGGGCUGCCAUUUCUUGCCACCCUUGCAUUGUACCCUGGCUCGUACAAGGACAAGAAACUUGUAUUUGCUUCAUCCAAAUUUCCACGCCUCAAAAAGAUCAAGAUGAUUGGCGUGGAAGUGCUGGAGAUUGUUGAAGUUGAGGUGAGCAUGGUUCCUGAGCUCAAAGAGUUGGAAAUUCACUCCCCAUUCACAGGUUGUUAUCAUGAUAUUGACCUGGGUAAUGAUAAGAAACGUUCUCAAAAAACAAGGAUCGUGGUUGAUCUUAAGAAAGAGAAUAAUUAUGUUCAUGAAGAAAAUGAUGAUAUGUCUGAAUGGUGGAUGAUAUUCACAUGA